AUGCAUUCAACCGGAGAGCCUCAACGAGGGCCCGCCGGCCCAUAUCAUCAUCCGAUGCCAUAUCAUGUUGAUCAGAUUCCAACAACAUCUCAUCCUUCAUGGCAUCAAGCUCCCCAUCCUGGCCUUCCAACACCUCCAUAUCAUCCUCAACAACAUCCUAACUAUAUCUCAAUGCAACCUCCUCCUUCCCAACAGCAACAGAUGACUCCUCAAGCAUUGUCGACGCAACAACAGCAGCAGGUUCAACAACAACAGCAGAGGCAACUAUACUCGUCACCGUCACCUUCACGAGGUCCAGCGGCUCCCGCACAGAAUCAAAAAUUUCGGACAGAACAAUGGAUCAACAAUCAAGCAUGGCCAUAUUCUCAAUCUCCUGCUCCACCAGUUGCUCCAUCAGUUAUGUCAUAUCAUCAAGGAGACGAUCGAAUGUCAAUGCUCAGUGUGAAUACAACCAUGACAAAUCAAUUUCCCGAUUCUCAGCGAUGCUACUCAUCAAAUGGUUCAACAUGUGAAAAUGUGAAUCCUGAAAUGAUGCAAAUGAAUAUAACACAAGCGGCUGAACAAGCAAUUAGGUUCAAUUUCAGCUAUGGUUUAAUACACCAGAUCCCAUGCAAAGACUUCAUAUGGCAAAAACAAUACGAACUUGGAUACGACAAGAUAAAUUUGCACAAGUUGAUCAGGCAAAUAUGCCGAACUGCGUACAACAAAUCCUUAACAUAAUUUACGAUGGUCUGAAACCUCAACCAGUUCAACUUCCAAUUUCAUAUUAUGCUCAACUCUGGUAUAAUCUGUUGGAUAUUCUUCGAAGAUUCACAUUUCUACCCAUUAUUUCACCAUAUAUUCAUCAAGUUGUUCAAAUGUUUUGUCCUCGAGAGAAUGGUCCACAAGAUUUUCGAGAAUUGAUUUGCAAUUUGAUUUCGUUAAAUUGGCAAAAAGAUCCUCACAUGAAACACUGCGCAAAUCAGGUGUUUCAAAUUUUCAACUGUAUCAUAAUGGGAGUGAAAAACGAGAAAUUGAGAACAGAAUUCGCUCAACAUUUGAAAUUCGAAAAACUCGUUGGCACUCUCUCCGAGUACUUUAAUCCUCAAGUACACCCGGGAAUGAUAAAUCCAGCAAUUUUCAUCAUUUUUCGAUUUAUUAUUAGCAAGGAUACUCGAUUGAAAGAUUACUUCAUAUGGAACAAUAAUCCACAUGAUCAACCUCCUCCGCCAACAGGAUUAAUUAUAAAAUUGAAUGCUGUAAUGAUCGGAUCGUAUCGAUUGAUUGCAGGCCAAAAUCCUGAAACAUUACCUCAAAAUCCAGAAUUAGCUCAUCUUAUCCAAGUUAUAAUCCGAACAUUUGAUCUUCUGGGUCUUCUCCUUCAUGAUUCCGAUGCAAUUGAUGGAUUCGUACGGUCUGAUGGAGUUGGAGCAAUUACUACUGUAGUACAGUAUCCAAACAAUGAUUUGAUAAGAGCUGGAUGUAAGCUCUUACUUCAGGUCUCUGAUGCAAAAGCCUUGGCGAAGACUCCAUUGGAGAAUAUAUUACCAUUCUUACUGAGACUCAUCGAAAUUCAUCCGGAUGAUGAAGUUAUCUAUAGUGGAACAGGAUUUCUGAGUAACGUAGUGGCUCAUAAACAACACGUAAAAGAUAUUGCUAUACGAUCCAAUGCAAUUUUCCUACUUCACACGAUAAUCUCAAAGUAUCCACGACUAGAUGAACUUACCGAUGCUCCGAAAAGAAAUCGAGUUUGUGAAAUUAUUUGCAAUUGUCUGCGUACAUUGAACAAUUUCCUGAUGAUGUGGAUUCCAACGCCCAAUGGAGAAACGAAAACGGCUGGACCGAAUGAAAAGCAGCAGGUCUGCAAAUUCAUCGAAAUUGAUAUUCUGAAAAAACUGAUGAGUUGUUUAUCAUGUGAAGGAAUGGAUACACCUGGUUUAUUGGAACUUCGAAGUACAAUUCUCCGAUCUUUUAUACUGUUACUCCGAACACCAUUUGUUCCAAAAGACGGUGUUCUGAAUGUUAUUGAUGAAAAUCGGAAGGAAAAUUUAAUAGGACACAUUUGUGCCGCCUAUUCAUGGGUUUUUCGUCAACCGAACAAUACAAGAACUCAAUCCACAAAGCAGCAACUUGUUGAACGUACCAUAAGUUUAUUGCUUGUGCUCAUGGAGCAAUGUGGAGCUGAAAAAGAGGUGGCACAGUACUCGUAUUCAAUUGAUUGCCCAUUAAAUCUGCUGAACGGAAAUCAAGUGAAACCAACGUUUAUUCACAAUGUGCUUGUUGUAUGUGACAAGAUUUUGGAGCACUGCCCGACGCGUGCGGAUAUUUGGACGAUUGACAGGCCGAUGUUGGAAGGACUGACGAAUCAUAGAAAUUCAGAUAUAGCUAAAGCCGCGAAUUCUCUGCUGAGUCGCUUCCCUGAAAACGACCUUCUUGCUGGUAUUUUUUCAAAUCGAGAAUAUUUCUGAUUUAAUGGAUAAAUCUGUCAACUCCAUCUUUCAUCCCAAAAAUCCCCGUUCAAAGCCAUUAAUUCGUCUAGUUGGAAGCUGUUUUAGCGUGUACAUAGUCGUAUUAUUGAUUAAAAUAUGUUCUCUCUUCUUUUCUUCAUUUUCUACCGGUCCCAAAUUUCCUCAUUCUUGACGAUUUCAUAUGAAUUCGAGUUUAGAACAAACAAAACGUUCCGAUUUUCCUAAUUUAUAGCACAUUUCUUCUCAUUUUGCCCUCGGUUUAUCUCUUUCUUUUUGUUGUUUCUUUGUUUACGUCUGUAGCAUAAUAUUUUUGAAUACAAAACAUUUUCGCGAUUAUCUUUGCAUUUUAACUAUCAAAUUCCUGUCUUAUAUACGUCUUUCUUCGAUGUUCUUACGUUGAAUAGAAAAUAAAAUUAUAAAACUUUUUAAAU